AUGGCUUUUAAAAGUGCUAUUUCUUUAGAGACUCUAUACCCGAAGAGUUCCCUUAAGCUCACAACCCCUUCUUUUACACCAGAUCCUAAAGAAAAGUUUUCUGGAUUUAUUCCAAUAGAGAAGUUGGACAUUACAUAUAGUGCCAGCUCUGGACCAGGUGGACAAAAUGUUAACAAGGUGCACACUAAAGUAGAUCUAAGGUUCAAGUUAAGCGAAGCAGAUUGGUUGCAUCCUGAAAUAAGAGAGAAAAUGAUUGAACUGCAUGGAAGGAAGCUAACUAAGGAAGGCUUUAUGAUCAUACGGUCUGAUGUAACUCGAUCGCAGCAGUUGAAUCUAGCAGACUGUCUGCAGAAGUUGCGCAAUUUGAUAAGAGAUGCUGCUGUCACUCAGCGCCAACCCUCGCCUGAGACACAAGAGAUGAUCCGUCAGAGGCAUCUGAAAGCGGCCCGGCUCCGCGUGGCCGUGAAACGGGAGGAUUCCAUAAAACGCGAGAUGAAGCGGCCCCCCACUGUUGUAGAUUUA